GCAACCGUUCCAACAAACUGAAGAAUACACCUUUUUCCUUCCCAGUAAUUGCUUGCAGAUGGUUGUUGACAGUCUAUAGGCCCCUGUUACUGGGGUCUAGCAUUAGCAUGGUAGCUUGGACGUUAGCACUGUCAUCACUCAUCAUUAUGAGCCCAGGGAAGCAGCAGCUCAGGAAGCUCAGGGGUUCACAUGGGUGCUGAUGUGGCUCCGCCUCAGCGUGAUCCAGAUUAAUUAUCCAUCAGUGGAGGUUGAUUUCCUCAGCUACUCACAGACAGAGCAUCACUGUUUGUCCUGGACUCCCCAGCUGAUCACACAGCUUUUGCGUCGGUGGGCUGAAUAGCAGGCGAGGACAGGAUCAAGAGGGCUGCCACCAUACCUCUGGAAUAGUUACCCCUUUGACAAAGCAGAGGAGGUAACUUCUUAGGUUAAAGUUGGGUUAUAAUUGCCCUAGAAGAGCCAGGGGCCACAGAUUCACUCUCAAAUAAAGCUCUAAAACAUCACCAAAACACCAGCAAUGGGAAAUAGCAAAAGCGGAGCUGUGUCCAAAGAGAUCCUGGAGGAUCUGAAGCUCAACACCAAGUUCUCAGAGACUGAGAUUGUCCAGUGGUAUGAAAACUUCAAGAAGCAGUGUCCAAAUGGUCGCAUCACAAAAGAGGAGUUUCAGACAAUCUACAGCAAGUUCUUUCCAGAAAGUGAUGCCAAUACAUAUGCUCAACAUGUCUUCCGCUCCUUUGACACAAAUGAUGAUGGCACUCUGGACUUCAAGGAGUACAUCAUUGCCCUCCACAUGACAUCAACAGGAAAGACCACCAGGAAACUCGAAUGGGCCUUCUCGCUGUUUGAUGUGGACAAGAAUGGAUACAUCACCAAGUCAGAGGUGACGGAAAUCUGCACGGCCAUUUUUAAGCUGAUUCCCAAAGAAGAGAUGGAAAAGUUGCCUGAAGAUGAAAACACAGCUGAGAAGAGGGCGGAUAAACUCUGGAAAUAUUUUGACAAGGGUGAAAACGACCGAAUUGCAGAAGGAGAGUUCAUCCAGGGAGUUUUGGAUAAUGACGAUGCUCUUCGCUUGAUUCAGUACUCACCUUUAAAGUAGCUGUUCAGACAUUUUCACUGUAUAUUUCUCCAGUUCUGUCACUGUCUUGUUGUUUGUCCACUUUACCUGACAGCACUUUCCCAAAACAUGAACACAUUGCAGGUGUGAUGAUAAUGCCCAGUUGGUCUAAUUUAAACAAUGACACAGAACCUCUUGAGUGGUUUUAUAACAUUUAUUGUAUACCCAUAUGUGCUGUCUAAGUUAUUUACAGUGCAUAAAAUGUUGAGGAUAAAAAUGAGACGAACUGUGAGCAUUUCAAAUUUCAAAGUAUCACAAGUAUGUGUCUACCAUACAAACAACAUCCCCUCUUAAACUUGUGAACAAACUUUUACAGUAUGUAAAUAAAAUGUCCAUCUUCUGAUCGUUUCUUCCACAUUUAGAAACUAAGUAACUAUUUAGUUUGAAUUUCUUAAGAAGAUGAAAGCUACAAAGCAUCAUUCAGAGUAGCCAACAUUAUUACUACCACAAGUUAUGUUCUACCUCCUUUUCUAACCAAACCAACAUAUGGCCCACGGUGUAACCACAGUAAAUGCAGGAGGUUUCCAUUAUCUUGGUCUAAUUUCAUGUCUUUUACAUUCUUUAUCGUAUCCAUAUGUCACAGUCUUAAAUGUUCAAUGUCAUAGUUAAGUGGUGAAUAAGGAGAAUAGACUUGUUAUUGUAAGACAACAUGUGAAAUCAAGUCUUGAUCCUGUACAAUACACUGAAUAAAACAACAUGUUGGAAUUGUAAUAAAA